AUGGCGGUCUACGAGAAAACUGCCUCAGAUCACCGUCGGAAGUGGGACCGUGAAGAAUAUGAAAGACUUGCAGCUGAAAGGUUGGAAGCUGAGCAGAUGUCUCAGCUGGAGAAGAAUCUUAAAGAACCUCCAAUUAAAAGAGCUUUACUCCAACCCCGUGACUACAGGGUAGAUCUUGAGUCAAAAUUGGGUAAAUCAAUGGUCAUAACCAAAACAACACCUGCAUCUCAGCAAGGAGGCUAUUAUUGCAAUGUAUGUGAUUGUGUUGUCAAAGAUUCAAUUAAUUUCUUAGAUCAUAUCAAUGGAAAAAAACAUCAACGCAAUUUGGGUAUGUCUAUGAGAAUUGAAAGGUCAUCAUUAGAUCAAGUCAAAAAACGAUUUGAAAUGAACAAAAGGAAACAAGAAGAUAAGAAAAAAGAAUAUGACUUUGAAGAAAGAAUGAAAGAAUUACGAGAAGAGGAAGAAAAACAAAAAGCCUAUAGACGGGAACGGAAAAAAGCUGGGAAAAGGAAAGCCGAUGAAGAUUAUGAUGAUGUUGAUCCAGAUAUGGCUGCAGUGAUGGGAUUCUCAGGUUUUGGAUCAGCCUCAGCAAAGAAAUAA